UGCGUCUCAGGCGUGCGUAGAGAGUCCGUUCCGGAGCCCCGAGUGGCUCAAGCAAGAGCGGGCGCAACAGCGUGCCGACCUUUCGGCGCGCACGCGUGUGCGUGCGUGCACACCGCCGCAGGGAGGGGAUGGCGGAGCCAGACUACUACAGGCUGAUAGGCGUGGAGCGGGACGCCAACUUGCACGAGAUCCGGUCGAAGUUCCGUGCCAAGGUCCUGGCGGAGCAUCCCGACAAGGGCGGCGAUCCCAAGAAGUUCCAGCUGCUCAACAAGGCCUACAACGUGCUCACGGACGCAGAGAAGCGGAAGCGGUACGAUGCCACGGGCCGCGCGGAUAAGUCCCCAGAGGAGGAGUUUGUUGACGGAUUCGGGGGCGGCCGCCUGAAGUUCGAGCCCCGCACCAAGGAUGCCGACGACAGAGCAAUUGUUAGUCUGCAGGACCGGAUCAUCACAGGGGUGCAGACCCAUGAGGAAGGCUUCGCUGCCUGGCUCCGACAGCGGGACCAGGAGUCCAUGGUCCUGACCGACAGAGAUUUCUUGAAGAGCCAUUUGUACAACGCCUCAGAGCUCUCGACGAAAGUCAACCAUUCGACUCCCGUUCUGCACGUGAUGGGGACGCCGAAGCUGGACACGUACGAGCAGCCGAUGCGGGGUCCCGUUGAUGUAGAGGUCAAGCCGCUGUCGCUGAAGAAGACCAUCGAGCACGACGAGGUGCUGGUUCGGAUGCUGGCCGUGCCAGUGGACGACUCCAUGAUCUUUGCCGACCUGAAGAAGGCUGGCGCCUGCCUUGGAAAUACCGGUGUCGGGCGUGUGGAGCAGGCUGGGGCGCGCGUCGAGGACCUGAAGGCAGAGGACGCCGUGCUGAUCCUCCCGAAGCCCAACAAGUUCCCCAGCUUCCGCCCCCUCGGCACCGCGCGGACGCUGGUGCAGUGCAGCGAGGAGGACGUCUUCCGCAUCCCGGCCGCGCUGCUCGAGGAGCUCACCCCCGAGCAAAUCUGCCUGGCGCCCACGAUCGCGCAGGCCUACGAGGUGCUGGAGCAGUACGGCAGAAGGCUAAAGCCAGGAGACAUGGUGCUGCUCAACUCGGCGCACCUCUCGGCGGCAGGCGCCUCGCUCCUCCAGCUCUGCAAGCUCCUGAAGCUGAAGCCGCUGUGCAUCCUGUCCCUCCCUGGCGCACCGAGGAACCUCGUGAAGGGGGAGCACGGCACGAAGAGUGCUUGGCAGGAUGCCGACCACCGCGCCACCGCUCCCCCAACGGUGCGAGCUCAGUACGAGCGCAUCAGCGAGCUUCUAGUCACGAUGGGUGCCGAGGAGGUGUUUCCUGACGCGGUUGCGCUGCUCAGGUGGCGCGACCGGAACCAGCGGCUUCUACCGAAGCUUGCCCUCGAUGGCAUAGCCACUCGGGACUCUUGCGAGCAGCUCAUCCACUGCCUCCAGCCUGGGGACAAGGAUGCCCAGCUCGUCGUCUGCGGCCACGGUGUCGCACAGCCGCUAGACAUCUCGCCGACGCUGCUGGCAGCCUGGGGUGGCAGGGUCGUGGGUUUCAGCCUGAGCAGGUGGGUGCAUUCGAGCACCGCGAAUGCGAAAAAGAUGAUGACAGUCAUGGAAAACGUGACGAAGCUGAUGCGCGCCAACAAAUUUCAGGUCGACACCUGUCUCUACAAGGUGGGUGAGGACCCGAUCGCGGACGCUUUCUCGCGCGCCUCAGACGCUUCGGAAAACGCCCAAGUUGUGCUGAUCUUCCCCACCCUGCAGGAGGAGCAUGAGAGCUUCACCCAGCACGAGAAGGCGGAAAAGGAGAGGAAGGCCGUGGAGAAGGCGCAGGAGGAUAGGCAGCGGAGAGAGACUGAGGAGCGGCAGAAGCUCAAGAUGGAGUGGCUCAACCUCCUCUUCACGGAUGCGAGCGUUGCGGCCAUGAACCCCGAGGAGCCGCUGCAGGUCAGCCAGGAGAUCGGCAACCGGUCCAGCCCGAGCCUGAUGAUCGCCUUCGUCGGUGACGACCCCACGGCCGACGACAGGGCCCUCAAGGAGAUGCCGCAGUACUGCAAGGACGCCGUGGUGGUCAACGUCGCCUGGACCGAGCAUCCGGCCAGCGAGGCAUUCAGGGAGUUCGACCUCGAGAAGGGCGAGGUUACAGACGGUUCGUGGUACCAGAGAAGCAGGGCGACACUUGAAAACGAGGAUCUGGACACCCUGCACGACGUGGAGCUGCUUGGCCGUUCCCUGGUGGAGACGCUGAGGGCGAAGCUGGAGCAAUACAAGCUGGACUGGAGCCGCCUCGUGCUCGCGGGCUUCGGGAAAGGCGCGGGCAUUGCGCUGUACACGCAGCUGAUGCGGCUCUUGCCGAAGCCCUGCCACUCCAUGGCGUUGUUCAGCCCAGUGGUGCUGUUCCCCACGUUCGUGGUCGACAAGAACGGGACGUUGGCGAAGCACGCUGGGCCUCGUGUCAAGGUGUUCGCUAUCUGGGGCAGCCUCGCCUCCGGGGCCACCCCCGCCAACUACAGGCAGCUUCUGGCCGCGUCGCUGCGGAAACUGCCAGGGGAGGUGCACGUCACCACCGACACGAUGCCGGAGGGCACGCCCCAGAUGUCGGAGAGGUACUUCCACUGCUUCACGAGCAUCCUGCCCCUGUGCCUGCCGUCCUGACGCGCCCGCGCCCUUGCCCGGUGGCCGGCGAUCCGCGCCCCGCCGUCCGUCGGCUCGGCGGGUGCCGGCCAUCCCAACCUUGCUCCUGCCCUCGCCCUCUCUCCUGCGGUGUCUGCGUGUAGCCGGCAUCCCCUGUCGCGACGCAGCGCGCGGAGCGCGCCCCUGUCGGCCACAGAGAGCCAACUCGCUAGCUACAGUAUAAGUGUCUGAGCAUCCGCGUAACAUCUAGACUCUGCGCGCGCCAGCAGGUGCACCUGGAGGAACACGGUCGGCCGCAGAUUCCAGAGGUUCUGAGAGGAAAA